AUGGCUUCUCAUGUUGUUUGUUCUCUCUUUACUAUAGACAUUGAUUGUUCCAAGAAAGUUUCUUAUUACUGUCGUGGUUGCCUUUAUCCACUUGCAUCACCGCAGCAGUCAACAUGUACUGUUGAAUGUUCUAUGAAUAAUCGACGUCGUUCAUUUAGAAAUGUCAGUGAAUUAGUUCUGUGUGAUGUUAAAAAAGAGAUCUCAUCAACAGCAAAACGCUAUGUAAAUUUAAUUCAAGAGUAUCAAAAUCAACCUAGAAUGGUUUUACCAGGUGAUGUUCUAAAUGGACAGAUUUAUAGAAAUUUACCGUCAAAUAAAUCCAAUAAGCUUACUCUUAUGUUGCAUGCUGACGGUGCACCGGUUACUAAAGUUGGUGGAAAAUCGUUGUGGCCUAUACAAUGUACAUUGGUGGAAAUACCUCCACCAAUGCGAGAUCGUGCUGAUGCUACAAUGAUUCUCGGUGCAUGGCUUGGUGGUACUCAUCCAAAUAGAGAUUUGUUGUGGUGUUAUAUUGUUCAGCAAAUUCAUGAUUUAUUUAAAAACGGAAUUAUUAUUAGUACUGAUGCUGGUGAAAAGCUUAAGUUCAAUAUACGUGCUCAAUAUGCGACGUUUGAUUUGCCUGCUCUUGCACAAAAUUGCAAUAUUAUCCAAUUUAAUGGCUAUGAUGCUUAUCCUGACUGUGAUAUCCAUGGAAUAGCUAUUGGACGCCAAGUGUUUUAUCCUUAUUCAGCAACACCAGCAGCACCAAAAACUGAUCAUGACUAUACAACUUUAUCGAUACAAAACACAACCGUAACAGCAUCAAAGGGAAUCAAAGGACCAACACCAUUAACAAAAAUACUUGUCUUUCCUGAUCAAAUAGCCAUAGACUAUAUGCAUCUCGUAUGCUCUGGUCAUUUUAAAACAUUAAUAACAUAUUGGGAAAAGAAUUUGCUACCUGGAGUUUUUGAUCAAAGUUCUAAUUAUCUUAUAUCUAUUAUAUUGCCUCAUUCUUUUAGAUAUCAAUUUAUUCCACUUGUACAAUAUUCUCAAUGGAAAACGAAAAUGUUUCGAGAUUUUUUACUAUACAUAUCACCAGUUUUUGCGUGCUUAUUUCUGCCUGAUACUCUUGCCUUACCUUUUAUUCAUUACUUCUUACAUGUACGUGCUUUGUAUGCUUAUGACGAUAUUACAGAAUUGAAUGAUAUCGAAAAUAUUUUCAAUUAUUAUUAUGAACAUAUUGUAGACUAUUAUGGUGAAAAGUCACAAUUAUGUACACUCCAUUUGCAUUCUCAUUUAAAAGAACAAGUACUAAAACAUGGCGCUUUAGUAUAUACUUCAUGUUUUGCCCGUGAGUCUUAUAUUGGUCAUUCAUUAAAAUGGUGUCUUGGUAAGAACUAUAUAUUGGAACAAUUCAUUACGUGGUACAAAGUAGAUCGAUCAUUAGCUUCAAGCAACUCAAUUACACUUAAUGAUAUAUUUAAUGUUGAAAAACUUGACGAAACUUAUACGGAUAAAUGCUUCAUUCAAAAUUAUCAAAACAAAUUAAUAACAUGCUCGAGACAAAAAAAGAUCGAUUUGACAACAUCAAGAUAUUAUUCUCGUUACUCUCGUGGAUUUAAAAUGUUCCAUUCACGAGCCUAUACAAGAGGUGAUUUAGCUAUGGAUAUAUUGCCAACAAGUUAUAAUCGUGUGCGACGAUCAACAGCUGGAAUUAAUAAACGUUUUGAUGAGCAAGAAUAUGUACUUGUUUCUUUUCCACAAUGGAACAAACAUAGUAUUGUUCCGUCGGUUAGCAUUGAUAUUGAUCCUCUUGAUAAACAAAAUGGCAGUAUUAAAACAUUUGGAUCGAGAAAAAAUCUACGAAUAGUCAGUACUGGCCCUAAAGAAGUUAUGAAAGAACGUGCAUCACGUUAUGCUGUUUCAGCUGCCAGUGAAGAAGUUGAGCUUGUUCCUGACGAGCAGGAAAACAAUGAAAACCAAGAUGAUAAUUAUGAUGAUGAUGAUUACUCGCCAUCUAUCACACAUCGGAUGGAUCACGAAUCUAAGAAACGAAUUACAACAGGCGAACGAUCAAAAUCACGUAUUGAUAUAAUAUCACCAGAUGUUAGUGAUCCAAAUACAACAACAUCAUCCAACAAUAUGAAUCCUCAAAAAACUCCAUUGUGUAAUCGUGAAUUGAAUUUUAGUCGUGUAUAUACAUCAAAAGUAGGAACAAAAAGGUGCCAUGAAGAUAAUCAUGACGAAAGUUCAUUGAGUGGUACAGAUAUAUCAGAUGAUGAAUAUGACAAAGAUUUAACUGUUGUCAACAAAAGCAAUGAAUUACAAUCAUUAUUAAAAAAACCUCGUCUAAAAAGAAAAAAAAAAGUUGGUCAACCAGUUAGCAAUGUUGAUCAACCAUGUAAUGGUUGUAAAAUCCUUGAUGAAGAAAUCAAGCAAUUACGAAAAAGAGUUGAUCAGUUGGAGAAAGUAAUACCAGUAAUCAAGAAAUUUCGAUCUAAGACACCUAUUACACCAGUAAAUCAAUCAAAUUCAGUUGGAGAUAUUAAUGGAGUUUAUGCAAAUAUUGAACGAGUUACUGGAAUAAAUCCAAACCAAAUUAAAAGCACACCAAAUCGUCCAACAAUGAUAAUGCGAGAAUUAAUAAAAAAAUGCGAUCGUAUUGGCGAUAAAACAUACUUAAAAGAACACGAAAGUUUAUUUAAAGAAUUCAUACAAAUGAAGUGUAUUAUUAUUGAUGAUAACAUGAGUAUUCUAUGGAAAGAAAUCAUGGAAUCUCUUUCUCGCCAACAUAUCGAUGAGGAGAACAAUAAAAAGAAACGGAUUAAUAAACAACCAUUCUUGGUGUCAACAAAUACAACUUCUCAACUUUUACAAACAUCAGCAAAUCUUGAUGGACAAGCAAUGACAACGGCAAUGUCAUCAGAACCACCUCAAUCAACAUAA